ACCUUUGGAAUCACGUGAUCCUAUCUCGACUCCGAUUGGUGAUUCUAGGGGAGGGUGGAGAACGUUUGCCAAUCGGGUAGCGGGGUUUGAAGUGCCAUUGGCUGAUGAGUCUCACACGGAGCGCUGAUUGGAGGAGGGUCACUGAGCCUGAGUGUGAUUGGCUGCGGUGAGCGCGGCAUUUCUGAGUCUGACAGCCAUUGGUGAUUCCCCCUGUUAUCGCUCUCCCUGGACUGACUAAUUGGGAAAUGGCUGCGCUACGCGGGGCACUGAUUGUAUUGGAGGGGGCUGACCGGGCCGGGAAGAGCACGCAGGCCCGGCGACUGGUGGAGGCACUGCGGGAUCGCGGUUACCAGGCCGAGGGCCUGCGCUUUCCAGAGAGAACAACUGAAAUUGGACGUCUAGUUGGCUCCUACCUUGAAAAGAAAAGCGACAUUGAAGAUCACACUGUUCACCUGCUGUUUUCUGCCAACCGCUGGGAGCAUGUUCCUUUAAUAAAAGAGAAGCUGAGAAGUGGGAUCACUCUUGUAGUGGACAGAUACGCUUUUUCCGGAGUGGCAUUCACAAGUUCCAAAAAGAACUUUUCCCUACACUGGUGUAAGCAGCCUGAUGUGGGGCUGCCAAAGCCAGAUCUUGUCCUCUUUCUGAACCUAAGUCCUGAGGCUGCUGCUAAACGUGGAGAUUUUGGGAAUGAGCGAUACGAGACAAAUGCUUUCCAACAGAAGGUGCAAAAACGCUACGCUGAACUUAUGGAAGACAAAUCUCUUAACUGGAAGGUCAUUGAUGCAGCACAGAGUAUGGAAGAUGUUCAUCAUGCAAUCAGACAGCUGAGUGAAGGCAUCAUACAGGAAGCCAAGGAUCAGCCUAUUGGGAAGCUGUGGGAUGAAGAGGAUCCUUAAACGGUCUGAUAGAUUAGAUUAGAUUUGCACGUAUCAUAUAUAGUCAGAUCUAAGACUUUCAUUUCUCUUUAAACCUUGACAAAACUACAGUAGGUAAACUUAUUGAAGAAAACUAAAUGCACACUUCAUUUGCAUUGUGUGCAGUAGUGCAUCCUUGUAAAAAAACAAACAUUAUAAUUUUUAUUUCUCUAACGUCCUAGAGGAUGCUGGGACUCUGUAAGGACCAUGGGGA